CCCGCUUCCAAGAUGGCCGCAACGAUGCCUGCCCGGCUGUCGGGGUGGCGGUGACGACGGGAGCAGAAGACCAGGUGGCUGGUUAUCCUUGACCACUUCUGUUCCAGCUGGCCCCAGGUUCGCUGUUGGGAGCGCUGGAUGGAGCCUUUCUCUGUCCUCUGUGACAUUUCCAGUUUUAGAUAAUGCCUCACAUCUCUGCACCCCCGGGACCCCCUGGCGUUCCCAUCAUUCUGAAGAAGGCAGUUUAAACCUACACUUCAACCCAGGAUGUUACGGAGGCUGCUGGAGCGGCCUGGCACGCUGGCCCUGCUUGUGGGCUCCCAGCUGGCUGUCAUGAUGUACCUGUCACUGGGAGGCUUCCGAAGCCUCAGUGCUCUAUUUGGCCGAGAUCAGGGGCCAACAUUUGACUAUUCUCACCCCCGUGAUGUCUACAGUAACCUCAGUCACCUACCUGGGGCCCCUGUUGCCCCAGGGGGUCCUCCAGCUCCUCAAGGUCUGCCCUACUGUCCAGAACGGUCUCCUCUCUUAGUGGGUCCUGUGUCAGUGUCCUUUAACCCAGUGCCAUCGCUGGCAGAGAUUGUGGAGCGCAAUCCCCGGGUGAAACCAGGGGGCCGGUACCGCCCCGCAGGGUGUGAGCCCCGCUCCCGAACAGCCAUCAUUGUGCCCCAUCGUGCCCGGGAGCAUCACCUGCGCCUUCUGCUGUACCACCUGCACCCCUUCCUGCAGCGCCAGCAGCUUGCUUAUGGCAUCUAUGUCAUCCACCAG